AUGAGCUUUGCAGGGCACCCAGGGCUCGGCUAUAAUUGCAACCCCCGCGCCCGGAUUCAGUUGGAGCCCUGCCCUGCCGGGCUGGCCGAGCGCCAAGCGGGACUUGCCGCCGGUCACUUGGCCGGUCUUUUGCCCCAACUUUGUAUGUAA